UUAAAUUUCAGCGGUGAAGCGUUUGUUGUUGUGUGUCAGCGAGCGCUGCACUGCAGCCUUAUUGAUACGGUUGGACAUUUUAAAUUAGUUACGUACAGUGGAUUAAAAUGUCUUUUUCAAGAGCCCCUUUGAAAAGGUUCAACGAGAACGUAGGCUGUGCCCCUCCACCGGGAACCUAUGAGAUUAAACCUGGGGACCUGAAGGGAGCUGCUUCCUUCGACAAGUCUGACCGAUUCAGACUUGUUAAGGCAGCCGCUCUGCCACCACCACCAUCGCCCUCCAGAAAUGCCCUGAUGUCACCUGUCCGCAGGACUUUGUCAGUUGAUGGUCUCGUUGACGGGUCAAGUGUAAAGAGAGAGAGGAAUUGCAUGACCAUGGAAAGGAAGCAGCAGAAACUCUUGGAGAAAGAGAUAAGGUCCCUGGUUCAGCAGCGAGGGGAGCAGGACCGUCGCUUGCUGGCUGUAGAAGAGGAGCUGAAGAAGGUGGAGGCCAAACUGCUGGCUGCAGUCAGGGAGAAGACAGGCCUUGCUGCCAGUGUCACCACCCUUGAAAGACAGCAAGCUGAGCUGAAGAAAGUUAACGGGUUUCUGAAAAACAAGGUUUCUGCUGACACUACUAAAAAGAGAAUCAAUUCUCUGACAAUGGAGUUGAUGGAGGCCAGGAACACAAUAGAUACUAAAAACAAGGAGUUAAGUAUCCUGCAGAUUAACACGGAAGGCCAACUGAAAGGGCUUGAAACUGACCUUCAAGCUGCCAGGGCUACUGUCUCUGCUCUAAAGGACAGGAAUAAAGACUUGGAGGACCAUCAUCAAGAGACCAAAGCCCAGAACGUAGAGCUGGAGAAGGACCGUGCUAAACUGCAUGCUUUGAUACACGAGCUGAGAGAGGAGAUAAGAGUCUUGCAGGGAUACCUGGAUGAAGCCAAUGACCAGAUCCAGGAUCUCCGCUUGAAGCUCCAAGAGGAGUCACAGGAGAACACUGUUGCUGGUUCUCAGGUGGAGAAAGUCAUGCAACUAGAGACUGAGCUAGAAACCACUCAAGGUGUGUUGAGACAAAAAGAGGAUGAGGUGCAGAAAAUCAAGCAAGAGCUGCAGGCAUCAAAGGAUGCAUUACUGGGAUUGGAGAAGAGGCUGGAGAACACAGAGCUGGAGCUGAAGUCUUCACAAAAAUCAAUGAGUGACAUGGAGGAGCAAAUGAAUUUGGCAAGCCAAGAAGUUGAAGACUCUCAAGCUACAGUUCGACAGCAGGAGGCAGAGCUUGCUAGACUAAGGGAGGUGCUCAGAAGGACUGAGAAGGAGCUGGACGAGAGAGUGGCACACCUUGAACAGCGCUAUCUGUUCUCUGAGGAAGAGAGAAGCAAGACUCAGGAGGAGGGGCUGAGGAGAGUGGAGGAGUUGAAGACGGAGCUCGUCUUGCUAAAGGACGCUAAAAGAGAUGAGAAAGAGAGACUGUUACAGCUUGAGCAAGAACAUGCUACUCUUAUUGAGGAACUGACAAAGGAAAAGGCACUGGUGGACUCCUUGUCUGUCCUGGUGGAGCACGAGAGGGAGGAGUCUGAGGAGCGGUUGAGUAAGCUGAAGGAGGAGAUGGAGGAGGUGCUGGGAGAGCUCGCUCUCUUGGAGGAUCAGGAGCAGAGUAGGCAGGAGGUGGCAGAGAGGAAUCAGGAUGCCCACCAGAGGCUGCAGGAGGAAAACAACGAGCUAGGGAGACAGCUGACUGCUACUAGGACGCUGUUGGAGAGUAAGAGCAAUGAUGUGGCCGCUUUAAAAGAGGAGCAUUUAGCAGCCAUGAGAGAACUCCAAGAGGCACACACUAACUUACUGGGGAAGAUGGCGGACAUUGUGACAGAGCUGGAAAGCGCCAGAGAGGCCCUGAAGGGUGCAGAGGGAAGACAGAAAUCACUAGAAGCAGAGGUGGAGAGAGUGACCCAGCAGUUGAAGGAGGAGAUGAACAAAGUGGUGCAACAGAAAGAGGAGAUCAACAGAAUGAAGGAGGAGUUAGAGGAGCACCAGAAGAGAGAGUUAGCUGAAGCAACAGCCAGGGAAGAGAAUUCAAGAGUGUUGCUGGAGGUGCAGACUCGCCUUGCACAAAAAGAUGAGGAGAUGAAGGCCACUGAGGCGAGGCAUGCUGCUCUGAUCAAUCAGCUACAGCAGGAGCUACAGCUGCAGACAAAGGAGAGGGAAGAGGCACUGGGGCAACUAGGAGGUCAGAGUGUAACUCAGCUCCAAAAUGAGAAUAAAAAAGCCCAGGAACUGCUCAGGGAGGUCUGUCAGGAAAAAGAGGAACUAAUGGAACAGCUCCAACAUGAAAGAGAAGAUAAAGUUAAAAUUCAGACGGCCCUUCAAGAGGAAAGGGGAGCAUUGGAGGUUGAAAGGAAAGACCACCAGCAGGUCAGGUCAGAGGUGCUCAGACUACAGGCUGAGCUUGAGAGAGUAGAUGAGGAAAGACAGAGUCUUCUGUCUCAAGUGGAACUCAAACACAAGUCCAUGCUUGCUCUUGGAAAUCAACUGAACAUGGCAGAGCAAGACAGGAAUCAGCUUCAGUCUCGCCUGGAUGAGGUUGAACAAGGGAGUGUGAGCUUCCAGGCCCAAUUAGACCUUAUGGAGGAGAAGACACAGGCUCUGCAGCGCAAGCUGCAAGAACACCGACAAGAUAGACAGGUUCUACAGGAGCAGGUAGAAGUACUGACUCAGGAAAAGGUUACACUGCAGUGGGAGAUGGAGGAGGAGCGGCGAGAACUCAAAAAACAAAUAACUGAAGCACAGGAGAAAAGCUCCCCAAGGUCAGAGACAGAACACUGGAGGAAACAAUAUGAGGAACUGUUUGCAAAAGUCAGGCCCUUCCAGGAACAGCUCAAUGCAUUUGCAGCAGAGCGAAAUGCACUACUCAAUGAAAAUGGAUCAAACCAGGAGGAGUUAAACAAGUUGGCUGAUGCUUACGCUCGUCUGCUGGGCCACCAGAACCAGAAGCAGAAGAUCAAACAUGUGAUAAAGCUGAAAGAUGAGAAUAUCUCCCUAAAACAGGAGGUGUCUAAGCUUCGUUCCCAGGUAAACCGGCAGAGGAGUGAUUUGGAGCAGCUGAAAUCUAAAGUCCCUGGUGCUCCUCGCCGCAGGUUUGAUCCCAGCAAAGCAUUCCAACACGAUAAGGAGAAUAUGAAAACAGAAACAACUGAACCUCUUCAAGAGGGAAAUCGUUAUGCGUGAUGGAGCUCUUCCACCAGACAAGAACUAACAACUAAUUAGCUGCCAAAUUUAAUUUUUCUGGUUUGGUUUUUUGUAUACUUAAUUAACCUCUUACUUGGAUGCUAAUUUGUCAUUCUUAAAAGUGUUAACUGUAUUUCCCAAAUGCUGAUAUUUUACAGCCUUUAAUGUGUGAAAUUGUUACGUAGACAGUGAGAAUUUGUGUUAUCUGUCUUUUGUUUUUAAAGAAAUGUUAGGAGCAGAUUGAUUGUGUGUUGUACAGUAGCAGUGUGUCAAAAUAAUGAACAAAUAGAUCGCUUUAAGCACACACAAUCCAACACAAAAGCAUAGUUGGCAUAAAUGUGAGGUUUUUAAAUGUGUGGAGAUUUUAUCCUUGUAACUUCCUUAGUAAUUUGUACUGUAGCAGAACCAGUAUCAUCUGGAAUAGCUUUUAUAAAUCUUUCUUUUCUGUAAAUAAAGACAGAUUUUAAUGCUCUUAAAACACAAAA